CGCAGCCGAUGCCCCAGCUCACGAUUCCAACCUGAUACCAGAGAUCAUCCACGGUGCAGACCAAGGGUCCUCCUGAGUCACCCUGAGGAGCAGCGUGGGGGAAGAAAUAAAGGCAUUCAAGCUGGAAAGAAGAAAGGAUGAAUAUUAAAGAUGGCUGUGGGGGCAUCUGGGUGUCUGGAAGGCCAGUGAGCCUUUCCGGGAGGAAUCCUUCUUGAAAGGGGUUGCCUAGAGACUGAGUGAAGAGUGGCCAACAGAACAGAAGCUCAGAGAGAAGGCAAACACCACGGGAGUCUGAAAGAAUGUCUACCCACUCCAGCCCAAGGCUGGCACGCCCUUCUGCCUAGAGUCAGGCCCAUGGCUGCCCUCUGGUGGACAGUGAUGGACAUGAAGGGUCCCGAGGGUGCCUCUGUGGUUGGUGCAAGUGCCAGGCACACUAUACAAACGAUUCUGCAUCAAAGAAAGUCGAGGGCUGCGCAUGCCGCGGUUCCUGGAUCAGGAAGGGGAGGACCAGAGGACCCCAGAGCAUGACGCAUGUAGGGAAGUCAGGGUCUCUGUGCCCAGGGACAGUGGAGGUGUGACGCUUCUCCCAAGACUGCAGGGCAGGUGUGGAGGCUGAGCCCCACCCCAGGGCAAGCCUUGAAACUACACCAGAACUGCAGUCACUCUUCCUCCUUCCUGGAGUGUUUGGUCCCAGCAGGUGUAUCAUGGAGCUGGCCCUGCCUGCCAUUCUAUUUCUCCUCUUUCCCGGAGUCCUUCUGGGGAGCGAGGUCCUUACAACUGGCUCCUACAGCCUGUCUACUGUGAGAGGCAGGAGCAGCAUUGACCUGGAUUCAGUGUGUGGACGUCCCAGGGUAUCAGGCCGCAUCGUGUCAGGACAGGAUGCCCAGCCUGGCCAGUGGCCUUGGCAGGUCAGCCUGAGGGAGCAGUCAGAGCACGUGUGUGGGGGAUCUCUGAUUUCUGAGGACUGGGUGUUGACUGCUGCCCACUGCUUCAACCAGGACCAGUCUAUCUACACAGUUCUGCUGGGCACCAUCUCCUCCUACCCCGAUGUCAUUGAACCGGGGGAGGUGAGAGCUGUGGCCCGGGUUGUCAAGCACCCCAGCUACUCAUCAGAGGAGGACAGCAGCGGAGACAUUGCCCUGGUGCAGCUGGCAUCUCCCAUCUCCUUCAAUGACUACAUGCUUCCUGUCUGCCUCCCAAAGCCUGGCGACCCCCUGGAUCCUGGCACCACGUGUUGGGUCACUGGCUGGGGGAACACGGGCAUAAAUCAACAGCUGCCACCACCCUUUACCCUGCAGGAGUUGCAGGUGCCUAUCAUCGAUGCCCAGACCUGCAAUAACCUCUACCAGGAGAACUCCGUUUCCAGCACGGAGCCGGCCAUCCUUGAAGGCAUGAUGUGUGCUGGUUUCGAGGAAGGACGGAAGGAUGCUUGUAACGGUGAUUCCGGAGGUCCCCUGGUCUGUGAUAUUAAUGGCAUCUGGAUCCAGGCAGGGGUGGUGAGUUGGGGAUCCGACUGUGCUAUACCCAAGAGGCCGGGCGUUUACACCAACGUCAGCUUCUACGUCUCAUGGAUUCAGGACACAAUAUCGAAUCCAGCCACAGAAGGAAAAAGUUUCUCCCCCAGCCUUUCAAGGACCCCACUCUCCGGCAUGCUGCUGUUUCUCAUGUCCCUCAGUAGCACCUUCUGCCUCCUGGGCCUCUGACCAACAACUUCAUCAUCUCAACACCCGUAUCUGGAACUGGUACCCUUGAUCUGCUUCCAGGCUGGCGAGACUUCUCUCACGGACCCCUGCCCUGUGCCCUCCUCGCACAGCUACCUGCAGACAAGUCCCCAUCCAUGCGCUGUCUUUUAGAGAUCCUCUCCUCACCCCCACAGAAGCCUCCUAGCUCCCACACCAUUAAGAACCUCGGGACCAUCACCUAAGCUCUGCUCUCCUGCCCCUCCCCCCCACAUUGGACCCUGAGCUGCCUCUCACACCCUUGGGGCCUGUGGGUUUCCAGGGACAGAGGGGCAAGAGUCUUUCUUGCCUCUCACUCCUGGGUGGAACACAGGUCACAGCCACCUUUCCAGGUAUCCUUUGGUGGCUUCUGUGACUGGGUGAGUCUUUGUCUAGUGUAUCUGUGUCUGAACUAAUAAAGACUGGAUCCAGCAACAUA